GACACAUUUCAGCUGGAAAUAUUGCCAAAGGCCGCACGGAUCAAACGGGACGAGAGAGUGACGAACGAGUGUUGCGACAUUUCUAACAGUGAAGGGCAGCCGUGAGAACGAAAUGAGGGAUUUGGUUCGGUGAUGUUGCUCCCGGGAGCGCGCUGGCUGCGCUGGCGCUGCGGCGCGGAGGCGCGCGCGGCGCUGGCCGUGGGCGCGCUGUGCGCUGCGUGGUUCUCGUGCUCGGCGCUGGGCAACAUCGUGGGCAAGCUGCUGCUGACGGACUUCCCGCGGCCGCUGACGGUGGCCAUGGCGCAGCUGGCAUGCACGGCUCUAUGCUCCGCGCCGAUAGUACUGCGCGAGCGCGCGCCGCCCGUGCGCCCGCUGCUGCGCGCGCUACUGCCGCUGGCGCUGGCCAAGUUCCUGACGACGCUGUGCUCGCAGGUCUCCAUAUGGAAGGUGCCGGUUUCCUACGCGCAUACAGUAAAAGCGACGACGCCGCUCUGGACAGCGGGCCUAGCGUGGCUUCUCUUCGGCGAGCGGCAGCCGCGCGGCGUCGCAACGUCGCUUGUACUUAUCGCCGCCGGCGUCGGUCUCGCAUCCGCCACUGAGAUGCACUUUGAUGCAGCUGGCUUGUUCUCAGCCCUCGCCGCUGCCGCGCUACUCUCACUACAACAUUUAUACUCAAAAAGGUUGCUAGCAAGAGCCGGUUGGUCACCACUUAGAGUCUUAGCAGCUUUAAGCGCGCUAGCGAUGGUCAUGUUCUUCCCUGUUUGGGCAUGGAGUGAUGGAACUGCGUUACUAACGCAACCUCUUUCGCCUCGCACGGCGGGUUUAUUACUAUUAGACGGGAUACUUGCGUGGUUGCAAGCGGCAGCCGCCUUUAGCGUAUUAGCACGUGUAACUCCAUUAACAUACGCUGUAUUAUCGUGUGGAAAGCGAGUCCUAGUUGUAGGUGCUUCAUUGAUUUUGUUACGGAAUCCAGCGCCGCCUUUAAACAUAGCUGGCAUGGCGUUGGCGGCGUUAGCUGUGUUACAAUAUAAUCGUGCAAAAUUAAACGCGCGGGCGGAUGGAGGUAGGCCGCUUUUGCCAGUAUGAUGAACAUAGCUAAUUGUUUUAGUUUAAUUUUCGUUUUAAGCUUGCGUGGAUGGAUAUAAUGGUAGUUGGGCUGUACUUGCGUAAAUAUGGGUUUAAACUUACCGGUAAUGGCUAUAAAUCAGUGGUUUGUUUUUAUUGUUAAAUUGCGUUAUAUCAUCGUUCCUCUUGAGUGACGCAGCGACUUAACACAAUAACAAAUUACGAGAUGAGUUUAGUUAACAAUUUACGUAAUGGCAAUUAAGUUUCGUAAUUUCGUAUACCUUCUGCCGAAGGCUAAGCUAAGGAGCUUCACCUGGUUUAUGACUAAAGAGUGGCAGAGCGCAGAUAAAUUCAAAUAAAAUUAGCUAUACUGUAAGUCCUACCAUCAAUAAGAACAUGCCCAACAUAUUAGAAAAUAUUACUCUUGUCAUAUUGAAAUCUCUAAAUGAAACAUUUUAAGACGAAAGGUGACGAUGUCAUGUUACCGUUUCUAGGCUUCUGCAUGCAAACGUAGGACAGUCCCCAUUUUCCUCUCUGGAUAAUCUGGAUAUAUGUAACUUUAUUACAACGGCAUAAGGGCCACAAAUGAAGCGCUCGAAUGCCGGAACGUGGAUCCGCGUACAGUCGCCAUCAGAUAUAUCGGAGCGGCCGAGGUGCUCACAAAUAUCUCAACACGCCUCUAUUGUCAAGGUGUUAGAGUGCGUGUUCAGAUAUCUUGGAGCACCUCGGCCGCUCCGAUAUUUCUGAUGGCGACUGUACGAGGAAACGAGAGGUUUAUAAGAAUUUUCAAGUUUUGCUAUAGUGUGCAAUUUGUAAAUAACAAAAAUGUAGCUAGAAGCUUUUAGGAUGUUAAUAUUUGUUCUAUUAGUCCAUAUUUAAAAUAAUAAUUGCUCUUAUAUUUUUUUAAUCACAUAGCACUCAGUGUUUGUUAUUGUUUUAAAUAUUGAUUUGAUUACUAUCCCUUAGGGAUUGAUUAAAUAUUAUUUGUGGACAUAUGUAUCAUAAAAUAUAAUUAAUUAUUUAGUUAAAUCUCCUGCCCUUUACGUAUUGUGAACUUAUGUACAGUAUUUUAAACCCGCAUCACAUAAUAAUAAGGUUUUAGUUACACAGUCUCUAUUACUUUUGUGUUUAUAUCAAUAUUUUUAUACAAUCAGACGUGUAAGAGUGGUUGCUCAUGCUUGGAACUAUGAUAUUCUUGUAAUAUAAACAGAGUCCGUAAAUUUUGUGGUAAUUUUGGUGCAGCGUAGUUGUAUUACCUUAAAUUAAUUGCUACAAAAUCUUAUGUCUGUACGCUUACCGCGACCAUAUCUCGCCCGCGAGAUUGACUAGAUACUCGUCCUUCUUAUUUUUAGAUAAACAUGGGUAGUCUGUCUCGCGAGUGAGAUACUGUGGCGCUCCUAUGUGAAGCCUACUUCUUAUAAGUCUUAUAACAAGGGUGCAGUACAGCAGUAGGUAUUCUUUUCCUAUAUGUAGACCGAACCAAGGUCCCGCUCUGAUACACUCGUUUUGUUUUUAUUAUUUAGCAGACUAGCUGAGGGUAAAGAUAGAUAUAUCUCCUAAAGCCCAGCCAUACAAAUGAAAUUCCCAAAAUUUGCCACUGAAAUUUGAAUUUUGUGCAGGUAAUAGAGUUGAUUUUUAUUAUUUACAAAAAAUUUACGAAACAAAUAAAAGAAAUACAACUCUGCGCCAAUUGAAUAUGGAUUAAAUUUCAUCGAACUGAAAAAGUACUGUAGGUAGGACCAUGGGCAUUAGGAGGAUAUAAAACAUUUUUAAACUACGCGUCACUCUACAGGCGUACACCUCUAUAGUUCGUUUUUUUUAGCAUUAGAAAGAACUUGAAAGAAGGCAAGCAAUCUUUACAUGUCUUUUAAUUGAAAAACACUUUUUAUAAACCAAUAACUAUUACUUAUGAAAGCAGAAGAAUAUAAAUUAUCGUAUUAGAUUCAUAAUUGUUACAUAUUUGCCUUAACUUAUAUUUAAAAUGUGUUUUUCAAUAAAAAGACACAUCAAGGUUGUUUACCUUUUUUCUAAUGCUAAAAAUAACGAACUAUGCAUGUAUAUAGGUCUACGGUUUUUUCUUUUUCUGAUUUAUAGCUACUGUUUUUAACAACAAAUGGUAAAAUUCUUGAGAUUUUUUUGUAACCCUAAUGGUCUGUAUAAUGAUUAUGUAUCGUGGUUUAUUCUCAAUAAUAGGAUAUUAAUUGUGAAUUAAGUCAUUGUACCUGCAAUUAGCAGAAACUAUUUUGUUGAAAUAAAAUAUAUAUAUAUUUU